AUGGAGGAGGCUAUCAGUCAGACAAACAAUGUUUGGACUGACAAAUAUUUUGCCAUUUCUAUGGGUUCGAUCAUAAUCUUGUUCGGUUUUGCUCAUUGGGGAACUGUGGCAUUCAGAAAAUAUGGACCGAAAGAGCCUGGGAAGCUAUUAGGCGAUACUAUAAGAGCCUAUAGGUCUGUACGACGAGUGCUGGAUACGGUUAUUCUGGGAAAGUCCCUGGACAAAUGGCUACUCUAUCUGACGUACUGGGCCAUCGAUUUGAUACUCGUGUUGACAAGGCUUGAUUUAACAGACUUGGGAGAGGUCGCUAAACGCAUGGGCUGGAUCUCCGUGGCGAACUUUGUUUUGCUAGUCUUCCUUGCUCUCCGAAAUACACCUCUCGCGCCCUUAUCCGGUCAGUCUUAUGAGAAGCUACGCCCCCUUCACAGAGUCGCCGGGUACACAUGUAUAGUGAGCAGUAUCGUGCAUGGUAUAUUAUACCUAAAGGAGGGGGCUGAGACUGGAUAUCUUAUGUUGAUGAGAGGAAGAGAGGAUCUCGCUGGUGCACUUGCUGGACUAUCGAUGGUAAUUAUCGGGUUAUCCACAAUCAGCUGGUUUGCCCGCCGAUACUACGAAGCAUUUUAUAUCAUUCAUGUCGUCUUGUUUAUGGUCAUCGUGAUUCUUGUCGGGAUGCACCGACCCGAUCUAGCGACAUCCACACUGGCUAUCAUUAUCUUCAUAGCAUGCAUGUGGCUAUCCGAUCGAUUCCUACGAGCUUUAAAGCUUUCUUGGAAUUUCUGCGGCAACAAUGCUACUCUUGUUCCUAUGCAAGAUGGGGCUGUCCGAGUCAAACUUCAACGCGGUUUGAAUUGUAGUCCUGGAUCCCAUGCUUUCUUGUGGAUGCCAUCUAUCCGGCUUUUGGAGACCCAUCCCUUUACCAUGGUUUCUACGAAUCCCGUUGAGUUCCUGAUCCGGCGAUACGACGGGUAUACUCAUGAUCUCUACAAGCUUGCUCACGAGCGACCCGGUUGUGUUGUGAGGUGCUCUGUGGAUGGAGGGUAUGGACAAGUUCCGGACUUUAUGGACUUCGAUAAAAUCAUUCUUGUUGCAGGUGGUAGUGGUGCUACGUUUACCUUUGCUAUUGCGAUCAAUUUGAUAAGACAAUGUGCUGCAGCAAAUGUGACCAAGUCGAUCGAUUUUAUUUGGACAGUAAAAUAUACGAGCUCACUCAAGUGGUUUCAGGAUGAGUUGCGAGAGCUUCAAGACAACCACUUUGUCAAUUUGUUCAUUCACGUGUCGCAGGACGAUACAGCCGAUGACAGUUCCAGUGGGGAAACAACACCAGUUGGUAGUGACAUCGAGAAGGGCAGAAACAAGACCACACAAUCAUCAGAAUACAUGUCCUGUAUUCGGAGAGGAAGGCCUAAUAUAGCAGAUCUGGUUGCGAGUGGAGUAUCUCGGUGCCCUCCGCAUUAUCAAGUCGGAGUAGGCGCUUGUGGGCCAAUGAAAAUCCUUGAGGGCACGCGAAAGGCGACAUCUCAGAGAGCCUUUGAUCACGGUCCAUCAAUUACGCUACACACCGAGGAAUUCGAAUGGUGA